AUGCCCACUAAUAUAAUUCAAACCCGUAACGGUUUGAGCCUCUUCAAGUUGAAGAUCAAAUUGAAAGAAAUGUAAGCAAUCAGAAUGGGAAUAGCGCUGUCAAAGGACACAGAACAUCUUCGCCGUCCUCAGAGAUCAGAACGCAACGCUGACUUAAUCAAUUCGUCAAAUCAACUUGAUCAUUCACAGCCCAACCGUCAGAAGAAAGUUAUUAUAGCGGGGAUUCUACUCUUAAAUACCUACAAAGCCAUAAAAUGUCCAAGAAUUCACAAGUUAAGAUAGCCACCUUUCCGGGAUGCACAACGCAAGACAUGAAGGAUCAUAUCAAGCCACUACUACGCAGAAACCCAGACGAGAUAAUUAUCCAUGUGGGAACCAAUAGUUUACGAUCCUCCAAUACUCCUCGUGAAUGUGCAGUAGAACUGAUUGACCUAGCCGAAGCAGUCAGCUCUGAAUCCUCAGCUAUGAUAUCUAUAUCCGGUCUCAUCAAUAGAUCUGAUGAUGAAGCCCUUGCAUGUAAAGUACCUGACGUGAACAAAGUUCUUAAGGAAUGCUGCAAGCAAAAGAACUGGGGUUUUGUUGACCACUCUAACAUUUCAAUAACUAGCCACUUAAAUUGA